AUGGGCGGCUUCCAAUCGCAACAAUCCGAUCCGGAGAAUGAGGCCGGUUUUGGGCGUCGUCAAGAAGAUCGUUUAAUGUACAAAUUGGUGGAUAUGCACGGUGGAGGGGAGCUGAUCGCGUGGAUGAGAUACGCUGGUCGUUACGGGGAUUACUCGAUGGUUGAGGGGUAUUUCGAUUCAAAAGUUAGCGAGAGCAUGUACAACCAGGGAAAGGGGAAGAUCAUGUCGAUAAACGAGUUGGUCAAAAUACGAAAUCAGGAACGAAACGACUAUUGGCAACGCCUUUUAGCGAAACGACAAAACGGAAAAACGGCACCGAAUCUUCUCGAUCAUUUCAAUCAAGAGGGAAAUAAUACGGGUGAUGUGCAAAAAGCGCUGAAACUUUUGGAUGGUGGCGGAAAGAAAGGGAAAAACGAGUCAAAGUACCGGGAUGUUGUGUGGAAAUUCGAGGAAAGGGGCAGUAUGGGUGAGACUCUAAUGGGCGUCGCUCUACUCACCACCACUCCCGCUCAUCACUCGCUCGUCGUGCGUCUAGCCAACGAGUUCCCGAAACUCGUCAACGACUAUUGUAUCUCGGAAGAUUAUUACGGAAUGUCCCCACUCCAUCAAGCGAUCAUCAACGAAGACUGUCACAUGGCGCACAUUUUACUCAAGAAAGGAGCCAAUGUGCAUACUAGAUGUUAUGGAGCAUUUUUCUGUGCUGAGGAUCAGCGGAGCCAUCGCGGAGACAUCCCCGACGAGGAGUCGGUUCAAUUGCCCAUUCGAACCAAUUACACUGGUCGAAUGUACUUUGGUGAGUACCCAUUGUCGUUUGCAGCCUGUAUGAAUGAGGAGGAUUGCUUUCGAUUGUUGAUCGCUUACAAGGCCAAUCCGAACAAUCAGGAUUGCAAUGGGAACACCGUACUUCACAUGUGCGUCAUUCACGAGAAUCUGAAAAUGUUACGUCUUGCCGUCGACAAGGGAGCGAAACUCUCGAUCGUCAAUCGACAACAACUCUCCCCAUUGACACUUGCAGCAAAGCUAGCGAAACGCGAGAUGUUUGUCGAGAUUUUGGGCAUGGAAGCCGAUGUCAUUUGGUCGUAUGCCGAUGCAUCACAGACCGCCUACCCGUUAGCCAAAAUCGACACGAUCAAUGAAGAAAACGGGGAACUCAAUGAGCAAAGCGCGCUCUCUUUGAUCGUUUAUGGGGGGUCAACAGAGCACUUGGAGCUGCUCGACGGCCUCUUGGAAAGCAUUAUCGAAAGCAAAUGGGCGGCUUAUGGAAGGAAGAGAUGGAUCAUCUCGUUCUUGAGCUUUGUUGUUUACUAUAUUUUCUUCGUUGUUGCUUUCAUUUUACGGCCCAUCAGCAUGACCACAGAGGCAAUCACCAAACACAACAUCUGCGAGUCGGGCUUGCCGAGUCAAAACACAUCGUGGUGGACGAAACUCGAUCCGGACGAUAAUUGGAAUGAGAAAUUCGAUGAACUCGGCUUUGUGGUCGCUUUCAAUGAAGGAUGUCCGAUCACGUUUCCUGGUGACAAAUCGUGGUGUCAUUUACGGGAUUACAAUAAAAUGAGCUCGCGAUAUUUUGGAUCCGGAUGGGCUCGACUCGGCUGUGAGGCUGUCGUUGUCGUUUGUGUCAUCGCGCAAAUCACCAUGGAUCUCAUCGACAUUCGCCGAAUUGGACGACAAAAAUGGAUGGCACUUUUGAAAUCUUUCCCCGCCAAAAUCAUCUACAAGUUCUCCUUUCUGCUCAUCCUGCUCGUGAUCCCGGUGCGUACUCUGUGUUUUGUUGGUCCGGCAAUGCUCGAGAUCGACAACUACUUGUCGAUCAUCUCCGUUCUCUUCACCACUGUGCAUUUUCUGUUUUAUUGUCGUGCCAUCAAAUUCAUCGGUCCAUUCGUCUUGAUGAUCUACACAAUCAUCAGGACGGACAUCUUGCGUUUCGUCACCAUUUACGUGAUUUUCCUCUUCGGUUUCUCACAAGCUUUCUACAUCACAUUCAACUCGUGCGAGAAGUACAAGAAUCAACUGAUCGCAUCUGGCGCCUCAGAGAAUGAGUCGGAUUGGGUCGAUCAAGAUGGACGUCUUCACAUGGGAAUCGCCGAUUUCGACAAUAUCCUCGCCUCACCCCAGGAGUCUUUUAUUCGAACGUUCAUCAUGACAAUCGGUGAAUUCAUGAGUCUCUAUCGUGAGCUUGCCACUUGUCAAGAUCCAGUGAUGACCGUGAUGGGAAAGCUGUGUUUCAUCGUUUUCGAGUUGCUCGUCUUCGUACUUCUCUUCAAUUUGCUCAUCGCUUGCCUCACGCGCACCUACGAGACGAUUUUCAACACGAGAAAAGAGUACAAGAGACAGUGGGCUCAAGUAAUCCUCUCGCUGGAGAUGUCCCUUUCACCGCAGGAACGUCUCAUUCACCUCCUCAAAUACUCACGUCCCAUCGGCACAAACAAACAACGACGCAGCUAUGUAAUCAACAAAAAGCUAAAUGAAGACAACAUGGAGAGCUACGAGAAGCGGGCACAAGACGAAAAGUCCAAGUCGAUCGCUGAAGAAAAACGCUUUUUACAGAAGAGGAAACUCAAGGACCUCGAGCUACGAGAGGGUCUCCGCCCGUUAACAGCUCUUAUCCGCCCUGUGACCUCAUACCUUUCGGGUUUGGGUCGACCGAAAACGAAAGCGGUGAAAUCACACGAGAACCCGAUGAUCACUGUCUAUGCAAAGAGGGCAAUAAAUAGGACGAAUAAUAAA